UCGCUGAAAACAGCUGUCACAUGCCCCCAGAUCCCGGACCGUGCGAAGCCUUCAUGCCUUCUUGGUUUUUCAACAAUACUGCCCGAUCGUGUGCUGUGUUUAUUUAUGGAGGAUGCAGUGGGAACAAAAACAGGUUUCCCAGUUACUAUGAUUGUCAAGACAGUUGCAAUGGUAAGUCGUAUCGGUAGUUAAAAGAGACUAUACUGAUCAUUACGCUUACCUUGCAGGAGAGAUAAAGAACAAUGUUAUAAUUAAGGGUUUGGGCUCUUGAUCCAAUGAAGACCCGUGGCAAGUACAGAGACAACCGAGGAAGCUGCAUCUAUAAAAUGUUGAUGUUUCUCCUUUGUGCCUUGUGAAAAGUAUAUGGUAAAACGAAAACACAUAAACUGUUUACGGCCCUACAGUGUUGUAUAGACUUUUAGACAAAAUGUCUUGCCAGAUAUGUGGUUAAGACAUGUUUUGGAGUUGGCAAUUUAGCAGAAUCGUUAUUAUUGUAAGGAUCAAAACUGCUAUCGACCCUCAUAAAUAAGCUACACAAACUCUCAAAAGGCAUUAUACUUCCUUCCUGUUGUAGCAAUACGUUUUAGAACUUUAUUAUUGACACCGGCUGAUUAGUUCAAUUGGUUAGGGUACCAGACUCCAGCUUCCUCUCGUGGUAUGCAUGAUUCUUAGCUGGACCAACUCUCAGGGUAUAUAUUAAAAUAACUGAUGGGAAGGUCCUGACUUUGUUUCACGUCUGCAAGGGAUUAGACCGUCUAGCUUUUUCGGAAAAAUGAAGACAAAUCGUAGGCCCCUGGGGAAGUGAUAAAUCUGUCACAGUGACCAUCGCCUUGUGUGCUGUUCUCGGUCUUGGUAAUCUGUGCGUGAGUAGCCUGUGAACAGGCUCUCUGUUUGGGGAGAAAUAUAGCAAGGAAAGUUCCCCGCUCGACCAAAGGCCUGUUCACAGGCUAGUGCGUGAGCAGUAAUAAAUGACAAGCUCUACGUAUCUUGUUAUCAUUUACAGUUUCCACACACAAAGCAGAGCAAUUUUUGUUUUACACCUACAAGCAAUAAAUAUUCGACACUAGUGUCACUUUUGCCGAUUUACGUUAUCAUUUUUCAGGGCGAAAUUUGACUAUCUGUGAGUUAAAGCGAGAAAUAAACAGUGCGCGCUUGGACGAUUUUAUCCCUCAAUGUGCAGGAGACGGUGAGUUUGAAGUUGUUCAGUGCCACAGUAUAUCUGGGGAGUGCUGGUGCGUGGAUGAAGCUGGCGUCGAGAUUCUUGGUACGAAAACAUUGGGUACACCCAAAUGUGAUGAAUCUCCAGGUAGGCAUAAAUUGUUGAUCGUUAUGUUUACCUCGUUAGGUCAUGUAACCUCCACCGUUGGUGAAGCUUGCCUUGUUUUUGGGAGUUUUUACCUUGAUCCACUUACUUCUGGCGUAUCUAGAAAUGGUCUUACUGUUAAAACAAAGCAUCUAUACUUGAAUGUCAUAGGUGCAUCGUUGUAAUUGAACUGUCCCAUCCUUUUGGAAAAAUGUAAUAGGUCUCAUCCACUGUUCAUCGCAGCCGCUAAAUCCUUUGUGUCAGCCUUACCUGUUGCAAUGUUCUCAGUGAUUCUUCGAGAAACUAAAUUUUGCGUAGCAGACAUUUUACCGGGAAUUUGAUUAUUUUUAUAUCAACAGAGAAUUUAGGUCGAAGAACAAGAUGAACGCAUGUGUCAAGCAGUUUACCCAAUAUAAAGCAAUGCUGCAGUGACCAACUCUAGUAGGAAAAUUUUGCUUUUGUCAAAUACGUUAGUUUUCGUCACAUGGUUCUUUAGAGAGUGAUGGAUGCAAAAGUAACAGGACAUCGUAAGCGAGCGU